AUGCGACGGGCUGGCGAGCGCCUCCUACCCGUCGGCAUCGGCCACCCGUGGACCACGGAGGGCAGGGGGGAGGCUUGGCUCGGGGUCGGCGGCGCGCUCGAGGACCUGCCCGACAGCCGAGACGAGCAGGCCGCCGAGCGCGUCGCGAUGGUGGUGGCGGGGGACACCGGCGCCAGGCUGGCAGGGGCGGUGGCCCUCUGGGCCGGCGCAGCCCUCGACUGGGAGGCAGACGCGGGCGCCUGCAGCGACCGCGACGCCGAGGCCAGGGAGAAGGGCAUGCAGGAGGCAGGGAAGCACGAGCUGCCGGCGGUCUCCCAGCCCCCGCGGAAGGCCAUGGUGCCGCAGCGCGGCCUGGUCGUGAUCUCCGUCCCCGAGAAGCUCGCCAACCUGGGGCCCGACGUCCAGGUCCUCGGCGAGCUCCAGGAGUGGAUUCACAGCAAGCUCGCGGGCUGGCUGGCCCACAGCGCGCGUGCCAACUACGGCGAGGCGUGGUCCAAGUCGCUGUGGUGGUGCGCUAGGCGUGGUAUUCCCCCGCUCCUCUCGGGCGAGAGGAAGCGACAGGUGAACGAGGGCGAGGAGGUACUGCUGCGCUUCACGGGCUACCUCGGCUGGCCGGGCAAGGGCAACAGCGCCCUCCUCAGCGCCCUCUUUGCGUUCCAGGGCGGCCGCGUGCUCGCGGGGGGCGGCGGCCCGCUCGCUUGUCAAGAAGCUCAUCGCGGUCCUCAUCGACUCACUGCAGAAGGCCCGAAGGAGGAACGCAAGCUCGGCGCUGCCCCACGCGUGAUGGCGCGGCUGAAGGGCGAGCUGGCACCGGCACCGCCGAAGGGGCCCAGAGGCACCACGCGCGGCGACGAGGCCUCCGACGCGGUGGUCUUCUGGGCAACUCUCACGACGGGCUUCUUCUACCUCUUUCCGGCCAAGGAGAUCGCCGACGGCGGCGGCGUCGACGAGCAGAUGUGCCUCCGCGGGGUGGGCGUGGCACUCCACGACGAGGGUGGCGGCUCAGCCCCACGUGGGCUGGGCAAGGCGGCGAGAGCGCUGGUCACAUUCCGGAAGGCGACGACCGUCCAGAGGGCCUUCGGCGCGUGCAGGGUGCAUCACCGGGCCAACGUCGAGGUGUGCCCGGUGGCGGCGUUGGAGCUCCGGAGGGGGCUCGCGCCGGAGCGCUUCGCCGAGAGCGCGGAGGGGCGUCGACACCUCUUCCGCUGGAGCAGCGGGGAGGUGGUCAAGAGGGAGCAGCUGCAGGCGGCGCUGCAGCGUGCGGCGGCCGCCGAGGCCCCCCCCCCACGGCGCUCCGAGUCGCGCGGCCUCCGCGUCGGGGGCGCGCCGGCGCGGCGCCGCGCACUGGGCGACGCCGUGGCGGUGAUGCGCUGGGGUCGCUGGAGCAGCGCGGCGUUCCACGGCUACCACUGCGAUUCGGAGGAGCAGAGCUGGGGCGUGGCGGCGACCGUGGCACGGGGCGUCGCCACGCCCCGCGCAGCGUGA